CGCACUUUCGAUAGACUUUUUCCAAAUAUGAUUUAGCUCAAUUUUGGGAGCCCUUUACUAAUGGAUUUUAGGUGCAGAGUAUUUAUCUAAUAAUAUUUUUUUUUAUUAUUUUCAACGUUUAGCUUAUAUGUGGACGACUUGUAUUUGAAAACAUAGGAAAAUGCCGAUUUAAAUAGUCAGUUUGUGACAACAAGAAAGAUGUGGACUCUAGUCCACUACUAUGACUGCUGUGCUUUAUAGCACCGAUUCAUUCAAAAGGCCACGGCAGUGGUCGUUGACAACGGUACUUGGUAGCUGCUGUGUAUAAUAUAGGCUGGUUUUGUUUGUUUUUUACUCUCUAGUCCUUGUAUUUGAAGAACAAGCCUAGCAUGAUUUCUACCAGUCCGCGGCAGUAUCCGUAACCAGCCAACGUUAGACCCAAGUCAGACUUGAAGGAAGAACCCCAACCAACAUGUUCAAGAUGCUGGCGUGUAAACGCCUGAACUGUUUCAUAAAGCACCGAGCACAAGUAUGGACCUUGGCUCAGAGGAAGGUCACAACGUGGUCCCCUGUCGGGGCUGCGUUCAACAGCAAACCUCAGAGAAGACUGGACGUGUUCCAGGACAACGUGGGUUUGUUUGGAGUGCCAGAGUUGAGCUCUCCCGCAGGCUUUGAAGUAGCUACGAAGAGGGCGCUGAAGGACACCCAGCUACUGGUGGACAAGACAUGCCACAGCCCCCCAGGAGCAGCGACCGUGGAGUACUUUGACCAGCUCUCCGAUGGUCUAUGCAAAGUGGCUGACCUUGCUGACUUUGUUAAGGUAGCCCACCCGGAUCCUCUGUUCCGUGAGGCUGCAGAGAAGACAUGCAUAGAGAUUGGCACUGUUGUAGAAAAGUUAAAUACAAAUGUGGAAUUAAGCACCAGCCUAAAAGAUCUGCUGAACAGCCCUGAUAUUCUGAACCAGCUGGACCAUGACACAAGGCGAGUGGCAGAGCUGUUCAUGUUUGAUUUUGAGAUCAGUGGAAUUCAUCUGGAGGAGAAACUGAGGAAGGAGGCUGUGGCCCUGCAUGUGAAGCUCCUGGAUCUGAAUAAUGAGUUCUUAAUGGGCUCUCACUUGCCCAAUCGGAUUGCCAAGUCUGCAAUUCCAGAACAUCUACAUCUGCACUUUGCAAAAGAGGGCAGUUUCAUCCAGAUUGGAGGGUUACACGCAGACUCCCCUGAUGACUUGCUACGGGAGAUCGCCUACAGGAUCUUCCUCUAUCCUAACGGCCAGAUGCUGGAUUGCCUGGAGGAGCUGCUGAAAUGCAGGAACAAACUGGCCAAGCUGGUGGGCUACGAGUCGUACGCUCACAGGGCCCUGAAGGGAACCAUGGCCAAAAGCCCAAAAGCUGUGAUGGACUUCCUUGAGCUUCUUACGGACAAGCUUAAAGACAAGACGGCGAAAGACUUUAAAAUGAUGACGGACAUGAAGAAAAAGCUCAACCCUCGUAACUCAGAGCUAAUGGCCUGGGACCAUCCCUACUUCAGUGCCGUUUUGCGGGCUGAGAGGUUCAACAUCGAGCCCAGCCUGUACAGUCCCUACUUCUCCCUAGGGGCCUGCAUGGAGGGCCUGAACAACCUGUUCUCUCAGCUCUUCGGCGUGUCCCUCAUGUCCGAUCAGCCCAGUGCAGGGGAGGUGUGGAGCGAAGACGUCCGCAAACUGGCUGUGGUUCAUGAGACGGAGGGACUGCUGGGAUACAUUUACUGUGAUUUCUUUCACCGCACAGAUAAACCUCACCAGGACUGCCACUUCACCAUCCGGGGCGGGCGCCGUUGCCAGGCGACGGGCGAUUACCAGCUGCCGGUAGUGGUGCUGAUGCUGAGCCUGCCCCAUCCCACCAAGAGCGCCCCCACACUGCUCACGCCGGGCAUGAUGGAGAACCUCUUCCACGAGAUGGGCCACGCCAUGCACUCCAUGCUGGGCCGCACACGUUACCAGCAUGUCACCGGAACCAGAUGUGCCACAGACUUUGCUGAGGUCCCCUCCAUCCUCAUGGAGUACUUUGCCAACGACUAUAGAGUAGUUAGCCAGUUUGCUCGCCAUUAUCAAACUGGACAGUCCCUGCCUCAAAGUAUGGUGGCCCGCCUGUGUGAGUCCAAAAAGGUGUGUGGCGCUGCAGACAUACAGCUGCAGGUAUUUUACGCAGCAUUGGACCAGGUCUACCACGGCGAACCCCAAAACCGCUCCACCACAGAGCUCCUGAAGGACAAGCAGCACCAGUUCUAUGGGCUGCCCUACACACCCAGCACGGCAUGGCAGCUGCGGUUCAGCCAUCUGAUUGGCUACGGAGCCAAGUAUUAUUCCUACCUCAUGUCCCGGGCCGUGGCGUCCAUGGUUUGGAAACAGUGUUUCCUAAAGGAUCCCUUAAACAGGGACAUGGGUGAGCGUUACCGGAGGGAGAUGUUGGCUCAUGGGGGAGCCAAGGAGCCCAUGCUCAUGGUGGAAGGAAUGCUGCAGAGACGGCCCACCAUGGAAGAAUUGGUGGAUGCACUGGUGUCUGAUCUAAAUCCAAACUUUGAGACCUUCAUCAUGGACUCUGAGAGCUGAGCCCGUUAUAAAAGACAUGUAAGGCCAUCUUUGCUGGCAAGGCUGGAUCAGAGACUGUAGAACAUGGGUUGGACACACUUGCAGUUGUCUGACUGCUCUCAAAUUUCAACUGUUCAGAGUUCAACUGUGGAUUCAAUCUAAUUAAUGCAUUUACAACUUCAGAAAGUAUAUCAAUAAUUGUAUUUAAAGCCAGUGUCAGACAUGUGUGCAGUUGAAAAUUAUUUUUACAAAUUUGUUUUGUAUGUUUCCUUUAGAAUUGACUGUCGAGAAUUGGUAUCUAAGAUGUGGUAAAGAUGGUAACUGCUAAUAAAAGAACUGAAAAUGUCAUAUAAAUCAAA